GGAUAUCCAGGGCCUGCUGGAAAAAAUGCACCACCAGGACCAAAGGGCGAGAAAGGAGAGAGAGGCGAAAGUGCUCCGCCAAUAAAUCUAGUAGAGUUAAAAGGUGCCAAAGGUGAUAGAGGACAAGCUGGCACCCCUGGUAUACCUGGGAAGGUUGGCCCUCCUGGACCUCCAGGAGAACCAUGUAAAGAGACCAGCACUCGAGUUCCGUUAAUUGGACCGCCAGGACCACCGGGACCCCCUGGACCUCCAGGGCAUCCAGGAUUGUCCAUAACUGGGCCCAAAGGUGAACCAGGGAACGUCAUAAUUGAGAAGAUAGUGAAUAAGGACGCAGUCGAUUUCGAUGAAGAUGAAGAUUACACAACAUCCACUGUUGUUUAUAGAAAUAAGAGAUCUUUGAUGCAGAAAACCCAUUCCACACCGUUGGGUACACUUGCUUAUGUUAUACGUGAGAAAUUGUUCUUACUAAGAGUAGAAGAUGGCUGGCAAUAUAUUCUUAUGGGCUCGAUGAUGGAAGCAAAACCAACGAUUAUCACGCCAGAACCAGAACAUAAACCUCCAGUAAUUCCAACCGAAGAUCCUAAU